CUUCUCAGACACUCCUCUUAACUUCAACAGAAAUGAAACUUAAAUGGAUCCUUUCCCUCGGUGUGUGUGAAACUGAGUUCACUGUCUGAAGACCUUUUCCCUCUUCGUUUUUACUGACAUCAUAUCCUCGCUUUUAUAUCUCUUGCCUUUUCUUUUUCUGUUUACCUGAGCAAAGUAAAAUGGCAGAGACGAAUCAGUUCAGCUGUCCAAUCUGUCUGGACCUAAUCAAGGAUCCAGUGACUCUUCUCUGUGGACACACUUUCUGUAUGGUGUGUAUUAAUGACUGCUGGGAUCAGGAGGAUCAGAAUGGAGUCUAUAGCUGUCCUCAAUGUAAAGAAACCUUCACUCCAAGACCUGCUGUGAGUACAAGUGCUGUUCUGGCUUUAGUUAUGGAGAAACUCAAGACAGGACUCCAAUCUACACGUCCUGCUCACUGUGCAGCUGGAUCUGAAGAUGUGGAGUGUGAUUCCUGCACUGGGAGAAAAUACAAAGCCAUCAAGUCGUGUCUGGUGUGUCUGGCUUCUUUCUGUGAAACUCACCUCCAGCCUCACUAUGAAUCUUCUGCCUUUAAGAAGCACAAGCUGAUCGACGCCUCCAGACGACUCCAGGAGCAGAUCUGCUCUCAGCAUGACAAACUGCUGGAGGUUUACUGUCACACUGAUCAGCAGUAUAUCUGCAUGUUGUGUAUGUUAGAUAAACAUAAAGGACAUGAUAUGGUAUCAGCCGCAGCAGGACGAGCUGAGAAACAGAAGCAGCUGUUGAAGACACAGAGAAACUGCCAACAGAGACUCCUGGACAGACAGAAGGAGCAUCAGGAGCUAAGAGAAGCUGUGAAGAUUUAUGAGCGCUCUGCACAAAGAGCAGUGCAGGAAAGUGAGAGGAUCUUUACUGAGUUGAUCAAAGCCAUUGUGAGAAGACGCUCUGAGGUGACAGAGCUGAUCAGAGCUCAGGAGAAAGCUGCAGUGAGUCGAGCUGAAGAAGUCCUGAAGAAACUGGAGCAGGAGAUUGCAGAGCUGAGGAGGAGAGACGCUGAGCUGGAGGAGCUUUCACACACAGAAGAUCCUGUCCAUUUCCUCCAGAGUUUCCCGUCUCUCUCGGACACUCUUGGAUCUGCAGACCUGUGCUCCAUCAGGCUCAGUCCUCUUGUCUUUCUUGAAGAUGUAACAGCAUUUGUGUCUAAACUGAGGGACAAAGUGGAAAAAAUGUGCUAUGAGGAGUUCAGAAUGGUAUCAAAUGCAGUAAAAGAAAUCCAGAUUAUUCCACUUCCUGAUCCUAAAAGCAGAGAAGAGUUCCUCCAGUAUUCCUGUCCGUUCACACUGGAUCCCAACACUGCGAAUAAACACCUCUGUCUGUCGGAGAGGAACACAGUGGUGACCUGCAGUGAAACAGGUCAAUCGUAUCCUGUUCAUCCAGACAGAUUUGACUAUUAUCUCCAGGUGUUGUGUCGAGAGAGUGUGUGGGGACGCUGUUACUGGGAGGUCGAGUGGAGCGGACGCCAUGGCGUUUCUCUUGCAGUGUCGUAUAAAAACAUCAGCAGGAAAGGAAAAGGUCCUGAAUGUUUGUUUGGCCGAAAUGAUCAGUCCUGGAGAUUGUUUUGCUCUCUUUCCUGCUACUCAUUCAGACACAUUAAAAAAGAAAUUAAAAUCCCUGUACAGCCCAGAUCCUCAAGGAUAGGAGUGUAUGUGGAUCACCGAGCAGGAAUUCUGUCCUUCUACAGCAUCUCUGACAUGAUGACACUCCUCCACAGAGUUCACACCACAUUCACUCAGCCUCUUUAUCCCGGGUUUGUGGUCUGUUCAGGAUCAACUAUUAAGCUGUCAUUUCUAGAUGCAUUCAUGAAAUAAUGUGUUAACUAGAAUGAGUGAAAAAUCAUUAACUUUGAUGAAUAAUUGUGGAUUUUCAUGAUGCUUCUUCUUACUUUUUGAUAUGAUCAUGGUACUGCAUGGUUUGUGAAAAUCUCACAGGACAUGGACGGUGUACAGGAACGUGAUAAAAAGACUGAACUCUGAAGGACAUCACCUGUGUUUGCACAUGAACGAAGCUUCAAUAAAAACUAUUCAUCUUCUCACAGCA